CGUCACAGGAGCAGUAGGCGAAGAAGAAGGACCUUAUCUAACCUGCGCUGUCAGGAAGCAUUUCUUUUGUUUUUUUAAACUUCUGAGGAAAAGUUGCUGUUGAAAGUUCUCAAGCACUGUUUGCGUUUAACUUCUCCCAGCAGAAGACGAUGCUGUCGGCCAUUGUCCGGUCAAGCGUCACCAGAUUGGCAGGUGCGCAGCUCCGCAGAACCAUGGCCUCCUCCGCCUCGUCCUUCUCCACUCUGGCCGUCUCCCACCCGGCGGAGUUCAUCACGCACGUGGAGCUCAACCGCCCGGACAAACUCAACGCCAUGAACCAAGCCUUCUGGAGCGAGAUGGUCGACUGCUUCACCCAGAUCUCUGAGGAUCCAGACUGCAGGGUGGUCCUGGUCUCCGGAGCUGGACGGGCCUUCACUUCCGGUCUGGACCUCAUGGACAUGGCGUCUGUCAUCAUGCAGCCCGAGGGCAAGGACGUGGGCCGGAGCUCCUGGCACCUGCGGAAGACCGUCGCCAGGUACCAGGAGACCUUCACGAUGCUGGAGAAGUGUACGAAGCCGGUGAUCGUGGCUAUCCAUGGCGCCUGUGUGGGAGGAGGUGUGGACCUGGUCACGGCCUGCGACGUCCGUCUGUGCACGCAGGACGCAUGGUUCCAGGUGAAGGAAGUGGACAUCGGGCUGGCGGCGGACGUGGGGACGCUCCAGAGGCUUCCUAAGGUGAUCGGCAGCCGCAGCCUGGUGAACGAGCUGGCGCUGACGGCCAGGAAGAUGUUCUCGGACGAGGCGCACAGCAGCGGCCUGGUCAGCCGCGUGUUCCCGGACAAGGACGCCAUGAUGGCAGCGGCGCUAGAGAUGGCGGGGCAGAUGGCUGCCCGCAGUCCUGUGGCAGUGCAGGGGACCAAGGUCAACCUGCUCUACUCUCGGGACCACAGCGUGGCCGAGGGACUGGAGUACAUGGCCACCUGGAACAUGAGCAUGCUGCAGACCCAGGACCUGAUGAAGUCGGCUCAGGCUGCGCUAGAGAAGAAGGACCUGAAGGAGGUGCCCUUCUCCAAACUCUGAUCACACUUGAAUGACUUUUCUAAUAAACGCCUCAUGACCACCAUGUUCAGUGUGGUGACCC